AUGUAUACUUACGACGCCAUCGAUGAUCUCGGAGGACGCAAACCUAAACGUAAAUGGGGCAAGAAGAAAGACAAGAAAACAAAGGAAGAUGAUAAGAACAAAGUCCCCGAUGACGAGGAAGCGGUGGAUAUUGGAUUCAAAGACAUGUUUAUCAUGGCGACCAAGAAAGACUGGUAUCUUAUGCUAUUGGGAGCUAUCACCUCAGGCGUAGCAGGUGUCGCCUUCCCCUUCUUUGGUCUGCUACUUGGAGACACCAUGGACGGAUUCUAUCCCACAUACCAACCCGAUGUCGUCAAGGAUGCGUCGCUGAACUUCUUCUACUUUGCCAUCGUGCUCUUUCUCACCAGUUUCCUUGGUUAUGCAUGCUUCGCAGUUGCGGCGGCCAAUCAGGUUGAGAUACUCCGGGCAGAGGCGCUGCGAGCGACACUCAAGCAGGAACUAGGAUGGUAUGAUGUGCGAGAGCCCACACAGCUGUCGUCGCGUAUUGCAGGAGAUACCGUUUUGAUACAGGGUGCCAUCGGCCAGAAACUUUCCGAAUUCAUCAAGUAUAUCUGCCAGUUCUUUGGAGGUUUCAUUCUGGGUUUCGUGAAGGGCUGGAAGAUGGCUCUGAUGAUGUGUGCCGGUCUCCCCGUGAUGAUCAUUGCCUUCGGUGCCUUGGGCGUGGCUAUUAAGAUCAUCACAGAGCAGCAGCAAACGGCGUACGCUAAGGCAGGCGGUGUGGCUGAGGAGACCUUCAGCUCAAUGCGAACGGUCGCCAGUUUGUCGGCGGAAAAGACUCAGACGGAGCGCUACGAGGGCUUUGUUGCUGGUGCUGAGAAGGUUGCCAUCAAGGCCGGGCUUCUGCUGGCCCUGAGUCUGGGCUUUAUCUUCAUGAUCAUCUUCCUGACCUAUGCCUUGGGUUGGUGGUGGGGCGGGUAUCUGAUCAGCAACGACGAUCCCAACAUCCAGUCCGUGGGCGAUGUAACCAAUGUGUUCUUCAGUUUCAUGAUGGGGACUAUGGCUAUUGCGCAGGUGGGUCCUAAUUUCACAUCCAUCCUUGAAGGCCGUGGUGCUAUGGAGUCUAUCAUGCGUAUCCUCAAGCGAAACCCCCGAAUUCCAGAGGACGGUGGUGCCAAACCCGACAGCACAGCGGGAGUGAUCGAGUUUAAAGACAUCACAUUCGUCUACCCAUCUCGACCCGACCAAGUGAUUCUCAAAAACUUCAACUUGAAGGUCAAGCCAGGCCAAACCGUCGCCUUAGUCGGUGCUUCGGGAAGUGGUAAGAGUACCGCUAUUGGCAUGCUGCAGCGUUUCUAUGAGCCCAUUCAGGGGUCUGUUCUGCUGGAUGGCCAGGACAUUAAGGGUCUGGACACAUACUGGCUGCGUGGUCAAAUGGGACUGGUGGGACAGGAGCCCUCUCUCUUCCACGGCACCAUCGCAGAGAACAUUGCGUUCGGAAAGGGCGACAUCUCAACUGUGUCUAUGGACGACAUCGUGCAAGCCGCCAAGGACGCUAAUGCCUACAACUACAUCAUGCAGUUCCCAAACGGCUUCGACACACUGGUGGGUGAGAAAGGUGUGCAACUCUCAGGCGGUCAGAAACAGCGCAUCGCCAUUGCCCGUGCCAUUAUCCGUCGGCCACAGAUUCUGUUGCUGGACGAAGCCACUAGUGCUCUGGAUACGGAGAGUGAGAGAAUUGUCCAGGCGGCGCUCGACGGUCUCAUGGACGACAACAACCGCACGUGUCUGGUUGUGGCGCACCGACUGACAACUAUUCGCAACGCUGAUGUGAUCGCGUGCUUCAAAGACGGAAAAAUCCACGAGCAAGGCACGCACGAUGAGUUGAUGAAGAUUAAGGAUGGAGUGUACUAUGGUCUGAUUGAGCUACAGAUGGGAAAGGCCUAUACAGACCAGUUGGCAGACGGAGACGACAGCGACUCGGACGAGGACAAAGAACCCGAUCUGGACGAACCCGUCCCGGCUGGUUUUGAUGAGAAUAUGGUGCCGAAUGUACGCAAGGCGUCAGCGUUUGCCACAGAUAUUGCGCGAAAGAUCUCGCAGAUGGGGGGCAGUCGCACUAGUAGUGUGAAGAGCAGGCAUAGUGUGCUACACACUAGUCAGUCGACCAAGAGUCGCGGAGAGGACUCUAAUGUGGGGUUAACAGAGGAGGAUCCCGAGGCUCAACCCGUCGACGAAGGCGCACAGGGCUGGGAGUUGACUCGCCGUAUUUGGAGCCUCAAUAAACCAGUGCGCAUGUUCAUGAUACUGGGCAUGUUUGCGGCUGCGCUGAAUGGAGCCGUCUUCCCAGUCAUGAGCGUCAUGCUAACCAACAUCAUCAACGUACUGGGUACUGCCCCUAAGGAGACGCUCUACGACCAGAUGAGUGCGGCCGCGUUAGACUUUGUCAUUCUGGCUAUAGUCGCGGGUGUGCUGAUGUUCUUCCAGACGUACAUCUUUUCGUAUGCCGGUGAGAAGCUCGUCACGCGCCUGCGGGUCAUGACGUUCUCCAAUCUGAUUCGUCAGGAUAUCGCCUUUUUCGACGAUGAGAGCAACAACACGGGUUCUCUAACAGCCCGUUUGGCCACCGACGCCACACUGGUCAAGGACGUGAGCGGACAAAACCAGGGGCGUAUUGUGCAGAAUAUGUCUACACUCGUGACGGCUAUGGUCAUUGCCUUUGUGUUGGGUAGUUGGAAGGUGACGCUGGUGCUGUUGGCCCUGUUCCCGCUGUUGAUCGGUGUCAGUACCUUGCAGAUCAAAUUCAUCCAAGCGGGUGCAAAAGACGCCAAUGACUCGGUGGCUGCGUCAGGCAAACUCGCCACUGAGGCUGUGGGUAACAUCAGGACUGUGAAGGCGUUUGGUUUGCAAAGGCCCAUUGCCGCCAAUUACCAGACGGCUCUGCAAACCAACACCAAAGAAACGGUGAAGAAGGGCAUGAUUGGUGGGUUCUCUGUGGGCAUGACCCAGUUCAUCUCGUUCGGUGGCUAUGCGCUCGUAUUCUGGUACGGAGGCACCUUAGUAGGUAAAGGUGAGAUCACGUUCGACGAGUGCCUAAAGUCUCUGAUGGCUAUAAUGUUCGCUGCCAUGGGUUUGGCACAGACAUCGUCGUUUAUGACCGACAGCACAGCCGCAAACGAUGCCGCGCGCAAGAUCUUCAUGGUCGUCGACCGUGUGCCCGACAUUGACAUCUCGUCAUUCGAAGGCGCACAGCCGAAAGCGACUCAGGGACACAUUGAGGUGAAGAACGUCCACUUCAAAUACCCCUCACGACCACUGCAACGUAUUCUGAAGGGCUACAACUUGGACAUUGGUGAGGGCCAGACUGUGGCACUCGUCGGUGAAUCAGGCAGUGGUAAAUCGACGAUCAUCUCUCUGGUGGAGCGCUUCUACGACCCCAACGCCGGACAGGUGUACCUGGAUGGAGUGGAUUUAACAGAACUCAACGUGAAUUGGCUGCGUUCUCAAGUGGGGCUGGUGGGCCAAGAACCGGUGCUGUUUGGUGGCACAAUCAUGUCUAACAUUGCUACUGGCAAGCCAGGCGCCACCUCUGAAGAGGUUGUAAAUGCUGCCAAGUCCGCGAACGCACACAACUUCAUCAUGGACUUCCCCGAUGGGUACGAGACGUUAGUGGGUGACAGGGGUGCACAGUUGUCGGGUGGGCAGAAGCAGCGUGUGGCCAUAGCUAGAGCCAUCAUUCAGAACCCACGUAUUCUACUGCUUGAUGAGGCGACUUCGGCCCUGGACGCGGAGAGUGAACGCGUUGUACAGGAUGCGCUGGACAAGUUGUUGGCAGCUCAGAGACGAACCACAAUCAUUGUUGCUCACCGCUUGACCACUAUUAAGAACGCCGAUAAGAUAGCUGUAAUCAAGAAUGGUGUUAUCGUCGAGCAAGGCAAAUUUGACGAGUUGGUAGCAAUGGGUGGCGAAUUUGCGAAACUUAAUGCAGUACAGCCUGUAUAAUUUAAAAUCGGGAAUUCAUAUUUUUUUAAGUGUUAAUAAAAUACAUAAUUCGUAGAUCUGCUUCAGAGGUCUAUACUGAG